AAACACUCCUCGAAGAUCAAGCUGUCCUCCAUAUCGCAGUAUCUUGCUCCGAACUACACACACCCGCGUGAAGAUAACUCAACCUGCACAAUCUCACAACCAUGUCUUCCGAAGACAAGAACAACAACCCCGGCCUCGUUAGCGGUCUCGGCGAUACCGUUGGAAAGACAGUGGGCGGUGUCACGGAUACUGUCGGCGGCACUGUGGGCGGACUGGGCCAGACGGUCGGCGGGUUGACCCAGGGCCUGGGAAAAACUGUCGGUGGUGUCACCGAGGGUCUGGGAAACACCACCAAAGGCCUCGGAGAAGGACUGGGUAACACGACUAAGAGCGUCGGAGAUGGAGUGGGCAAUACGACCUCGGGCGUCACCAGCUCUACAGGAGAUAUCCUGAGCAGCAUCGGCGGCGAUCGAUCGGGCGGCAAAUAAGCAGGACGCAACGUCCGCUUGGGUUAUGACAUGAUGAACCUGCUUUUGUAAUGAGCCUGCUGGUGCAGGCCAAUGUUCUGUUCGUUUAAUCGGUCAGCGUUGGUGGAUUGUAUUCUAUUUAACGGAACGCUUGAGGAUAUUCAAUUGUCACGGUUGAUGGUGAAAACAUUAAUUAAGAAGCUGCGAG